AUGACACGUGAUUUACAGAAUCAUUUGCUGUUUGAAACAGCUACAGAAGUUUGUAACAGAGUUGGUGGUAUUUAUUCCGUUUUAAAAUCUAAAGCUCCUGUUACAGUUGCUCAAUAUAAAGAUAGAUAUCAUCUUUUAGGUCCUUUGAAUAAAGCUACUUAUCAAAGUGAAAUUGAAGAAGUCGAUUGGGAAGAUGAUUCCCAAUUUCCAAAUGAAUUAUUACCAAUUCAGCACGCUUUACACAGUAUGAAAGAACGUGGUGUAUAUUUCGUUUACGGUAGAUGGUUAAUUGAAGGUUCUCCACGUGUAAUUUUAUUUGACUUCGAUUCGGUUAGACAUUUUUUAAAUGAAUGGAAAUCAGAUUUAUGGUCUCUUGUUGGAAUUCCUUCCCCUGAAAAUGACUCAGAAACUAAUGACGCUAUCCUAUUAGGUUAUACCGUUGCUUGGUUCCUUGGUGAAUUAGCCCAUUUGGAUACACAGCAUGCUAUUAUUGCUCAUUUCCAUGAAUGGUUAGCUGGUGUCGCUCUGCCUAUAUGUAGAAAGAGAAGAAUUGACGUUGUAACCAUCUUUACAACUCAUGCUACACUUUUAGGUCGUUAUUUAUGUGCAGCUGGGGAUGUCGAUUUUUAUAAUAAUUUAGCUAACUUUGAUGUUGAUCAAGAAGCUGGGAAACGUGGUAUUUAUCAUAGAUAUUGUAUUGAACGUGCCGCGGCUCAUACUGCGGACGUCUUCACUACAGUUUCUCAUAUCACAGCUAUUGAGGCUGAACAUCUUUUGAAAAGAAAACCAGAUGGAAUCUUACCAAAUGGGUUAAACGUUGUUAAAUUUCAAGCUGUUCAUGAAUUUCAAAACUUACAUGCUUUGAAAAAAGAAAAAAUUAAUGAUUUCGUUAGAGGUCAUUUCCAUGGUUGUUUCGAUUUCGAUCUGGAUAAUACUUUGUAUUUCUUUAUUGCAGGUCGUUAUGAAUAUAAAAAUAAAGGUGCCGAUAUGUUUAUUGAAUCAUUGGCUCGUUUGAAUUAUAGAUUAAAAAUGUCAGGUUCAAAGAAAACCGUGGUGGCUUUUAUUAUUAUGCCAGCAAAGACUAAUUCCUAUACUGUGGAGGCAUUAAAGGGACAAGCCGUUGUAAAAGCUCUUGAAAAUUCCGUUAAUGAAGUUACUAAAAAUAUCGGUAAUAGAAUAUUUGAUCAUGCUAUGAGAUUCCCUCAUAAUGGUACCACUACAGAAUUACCAACAGAUCUGAAUGAGUUAUUGAAACCUUCAGAUCAAGUCCUAUUAAAGAAAAGAGUGUUAGGUUUAAGACGUCCUGCAAAUGAACUGCCACCAAUCGUUACACAUAAUAUGGUAGAUGACGCCAAUGAUCCAAUCCUAAAUAAGAUUAGACACGUUCAAUUGUUCAAUGCUUCAAGUGAUCGUGUCAAGGUCAUCUUCCAUCCGGAGUUUUUAAACGCAAAUAAUCCAAUCAUGGGUUUGGAUUAUGAUGAAUUUGUUCGUGGUACUCAUUUAGGUGUCUUCCCAUCUUAUUAUGAACCAUGGGGUUACACUCCUGCCGAAUGUACCGUGAUGGGUGUUCCAUCUAUUACCACUAAUUUGUCUGGGUUUGGUGCCUAUAUGGAAGAUUUGAUCGAGGCCAACCAAGCUAAGGAUUACGGUAUUUAUAUUGUGGAUCGUAGAUUUAAGAAUCCUGAUGAAUCUGUAGAACAAUUGGUCGAUUACAUGGAAGAAUUCACAAAGAAGACAAGAAGACAAAGAAUCAACCAAAGAAAUAGAACUGAACGUCUAUCUGAUCUAUUGGAUUGGAGAAGAAUGGGUCUAGAGUACGUUAAGGCUAGACAGUUGGCUCUAAGAAGAGGUUAUCCUGACUUGUUCAAGGAAUUAGUCGGUGAAGAAUUGAACGACGACAAUAUGGACGCUCUUUCAGGCGGAAAGAAGGUGAAGAUUGCUAGACCAUUGAGUGUUCCAGGUUCUCCAAGAGACUCUAGAGCAAACAGUGUCAGUGCUGUGUUUAUGACUCCAGGUGACUUGGGUACUUUACAAGAAGCCAACACUGCUGACGACUAUUUCAAUUUGAGUGUAAAUGGUAGAGAUGAUGACAAUGACGAUGAUGACGACGAUGACGAUGAUGAAGACGGACCUCAUCCAAAGUUUGUAGGUGCCUAA